AUGAAAAGAGUAAUAAUAUUAAUAGGAUUCAUCUGCUUGUAUUUUUGCAAUGCAAAUGAAGAUGACGAUUUGUUACAAAGUUUAGAAAUUAUGAAAGAGGAAGAUGCAAUCAAUAUAAAAUUUAAGCCUCAAAUUUUUGCAGAAAAUAAACUAAAUACUAAAUCUAAAUAAGCUGAAAAAGAUGAUAAAGAAUAAGAAACAAAAUCAGAAAAGGGUGAAGACUAAAAUUCUUAGGAAAAAUCUAGUUAAAAUAAUAAAAGUGAUGAAGAAGAUUAAUAAUAACGAGAUGAAUAAAAAAAUAAAAGUUCAAAGAGUGAUGACGAAGACUCUAAUGAUAAUUCAAAUGGAAAUAAAGAAAAAGGAAAAUCUUAAGAUUAAAAUAAAAAUAAUAAAAAAAAUAAUCGUGAGUCUUAGGAUGAUGAUGAAACAGAAAACGAAUCAAAAAAAAAUAAAAAUUCUAAUAAGAAUAAUUCUGAGGAUAAUGAUGAUGAAAAUAAAGGAGAAGAUAGUAAUGUAGUUUACGAUAAUCAAGAAGGAGCAGGUGGAGAAGAUGAAUAAUAAUUUGAAGAAGUGAAUUGGGAUGAAGGUGGUGAAGAAGGGGGUGAAGGAAAUUAAAAUUAGGAUGAACAAUAUUAAGAUGAAUAAGGUGAAAAAAUAAUAGAAAAUUUGUCUGAUGAAGAUUUAGGAAGAGUUGUUAGAGAUUUAUUAAGAGGUGAUGGAUAUAGAGGUGAAUACUUAUUUGAAGAUGAUACAAAAGCUACAAAGCCUAAAAAAGCUAAUUUAGAAUAAAGUGAUUUAUCAACUUAUAUUUAGAUGUUGAUGAUGUUUGUUUCUAUGCCUAUGAAGAAUGUAAUUAUUAAGGAAGAGCCAUAAGACUCUGUGGUCGAUUUCCCACAAUUCCUCCUCAAUUAUCUAGAAUGACUGUAAGAUCAAUUUAAGUAAGUAUAAUUUUGUGAUUUAGAUUCCAAGACAUACUAGGAUAGAAUUUUAUUCUUCUCCUGAUUUUAAAGGUGAAAUGCAAUCUUUUAUAGGAUCAAAUAGAUGUCUUAUAAAUCCAUUUACAAUAAAUAAUUUAAGUGGAGGAAUAUUUGCUUAUUGA